GCGUGUUGGGUGAGUGCUUGCGCAAAAACCAACACAGUCCCCCAUCCCCGAUAACGGCGGUUCCACCCCGCCGCGAGCCCGCGAAACCCUAGCGCCUCCGUACGCCGCCGGCGAUGUCGGACUACCCCUUCUACCCAUACGUCCCCGAUUCCCCAGGCGAGGGUGCGGCGCCGAGGUAUUCUUCGCACGAGAUCGACCUCAUCGCGGCCCGCUACGCCGGCGACUCCUUCCCCGUCCCCUCCGCCUCCAGGGCAUUCGACGUGCAUGUCGGCGCGAGGCGACCAGCGGAUGUUCUCUAUCAUCAAUCUAUUAUGGGAAGUCAUAGUACUAUUGGGCAGAGGGAGGCUUUAUAUUCUCCAAACACUAUGGUCAAACGCCCUAGGCUUGAAAGCAGCCUUCCUAUCUAUCCAGAGCGACCUGGGGAAAAGAGUUGUGCCUUCUAUAUGAGAAGCAGAACAUGUAUGUAUGGAGAAGCCUGCAAAUUUCACCAUCCACAAUGGGUUCCAGAGGGUGGGAUUCCAUAUUGGAAAGAGGCUCAGAAUGUUGAGGAAUCCUAUCCGGAACGACCAGGGGAACCAGAUUGUCCAUUUUUUAUAAAGAAUAGCGAGUGUAAGUUUGGAUCGAAAUGCAAGUUCAACCAUCCAAAGGAAACGGAUAAUGCAACAGUUGCUGGAACAGGCGAUGAAGAGUCUAUAGCAUUUGAUAAUUCUACCUUGCCACUGAAGCCUAAUGGGCCUUGUCCGUACUAUCCAAAAGGCAAAUGCAAAUUUAAAGCAAAUUGUAAGUUCAGUCAUGGCAAUGAUACGAAGGUUCCUUCCAGUGGAAAUGAAUCUGAAAAUAAAGCAACUGUUGAAGCAGAAGGGCACAACGGUGCAGCUGAUGAUUCAGUUUCAGCAAAGAAGAUAACAACAGUUGCUAAGGAGCAUAACUCAAAGGGCCUGCCUAUCAGACCAGGUGAAGUUGAUUGCUCAUUUUAUAUUAAGACGGGCAGCUGCAUGUAUGGUUCAUUAUGUCGGUUCAACCAUCCCGAACAACAUGUUCUGGAUUUUCCACUUCCACUGGGUCAAUCUCUUCUUCCUACUCCAGCCUCUGCUGUUCCUCCCGAGAUGCUAAAUCCAGCUGCCAAUUUCCUGCCAAACUUCGAUUUUCAUGCGACACAUGCGCAGAUUGAACCUGAGCCAAUUGCCUACCCUCAGAGGCCUGGAGAAACUGUCUGUGACUUCUACAUGAAGAGAGGAUAUUGUAAGUAUCUUGAAAGAUGCAAGUUCCACCAUCCAGUUGAUCGCUCUGCAGCUGAUCCUGCUGCAAACUGCGAGCCUUCUCAGCAACCUGUGACGCUUACCCUUGCUGGCUUACCAAGGAGAGAGGACGCCGACAUCUGUGCCUUUUACAUGAAGACGGGCACAUGCAAGUUUGGCGCGCUAUGCAAAUUUGACCACCCACCCCCUGGGGAGGCCAUUGCCAAGGUGUCGUCGAAGCAGAAAGAAGGGAAGUCGUCGAAGCAGGGAGAAGAAAAGAAAGGUGGAAAGAAGAAGAAGAAGAAGGUGGUCGGACUGAGCUUUGUCCUGGAAAAUUAGGCUGCGACAGUCCCCCCAUCCUUUGCUCGAAACACGGCGGGUGGUUAAUGCUGUUUCUGUCGUGAGUUUACCUGACCUGUGAUAUAUAUAGCUGCAAGAGAUUACCGGAUCACACACUCUACACGUUUGGUUGAACGUUGUUCUCGUCAAUCAAAAUCUGAUAUGGACAGUAGCAAUAGAUGUCGUCAUUGUGCAAA